UUACUUACUACAAACAAAGCAACAAACAGAAGGAACUGUAGUUUUUAUCGCGGAAAGGGCUAACCUGUACGACGAGAAACCCUGCUCGCAGCGACUGCAGACGAAGACGCGGCUGUUGGAGGAAGGAGCCCAGCCGAUCGCAGAGGAAGAAGAAUCGGUGCGGCGGACGAGAGCGAUGCUUAACCGUAGUUGCGGCAUAUAAGGGCGUUCGCAGCUACUCCACGACGCGGGAGCCGCGGGAGAGAGUUCUUGCGAGCGUAAAUCCCGUUAAAUACGCCGAACCGAGUUCCUAGGUAGGUAGGAGAUCAGAUUCUUUUAGAACGUAAUUGCUUGGAAGAAGCUAUUAUGGCUCACACAGCAACUGCGAAGAGAACAUCUGUGUAUCUUUACAUCCCAAAUAUUCUUGGUUAUCUUAGAGUUCUGCUAAAUGUUGUUGCAUUUGCUUUGUGCUUUUCCAGUAAAUUGUUGUUUUCAAUCCUUUACUUCAUUAGCUUCGUUUGUGAUGGAGUAGAUGGUUGGCUGGCACGGAAGUUUAAUCAAGUAUCGACCUUUGGAGCUGUUCUGGACAUGGUAACAGACAGAGUCAGCACUGCUUGUCUAUUGGCAAUCCUAUCUCAACUAUACAGACCUGGCUUGAUCUUUUUAGCAUUGCUUGGAUUAGAUAUUGCAAGCCAUUGGUUGCAAAUGUAUAGUACUUUCUUGUGUGGCAAGAGUAGCCAUAAAGAUGUCAAAGACAAAAGUAGCUGGCUUUUAAGGGCAUAUUAUCAGCAUCGCUAUUUUAUGGCAUUCUGCUGCGUGGGAUCUGAGGUUCUUUACAUCAUUCUUUUUCUUAUUCAUGAGAGUCAGGAUGAAAGUUUAAUCUUUGUUUGUGUGAAUGCUACAAAACAUAGCUUACCACUUUUAGUGAUAUUCACAUUAGCGUUGCUUGGAUGGGGAAUUAAACAAAUAGUAAAUAUCAUUCAGAUGAAGACAGCUGCUGAUGCUUGCGUGAUGUAUGAUAUGAGGGGAAAAGAAAAGCCAUGAUCCUCCUCGAAAUGGCUGAUUGUAAGGAUUUUGUCUUGCGAGUAGGCUCCAAUUUGAUCACUGUAGGCGAACAAGUUUGCAGGAUAUGAAGAGGAUUGGAUGGAGGUAUCAGUGUAUCACCAUCGAGGACAAAUUUUUAGUUGAUUUGAGGUAUUUGAUUUCUUUGUAUCUAAUGAUUUGGUCACAAUAUACUGUAAUACUUGUUUUUUUUUGCUCUAUUUGAAGUCUUCUAGUUUUUUUUUUUUUACCUUAUUAGCUUUCAUGUUGAAUUGUAAAUGAUAAUCGAUUGUGCUUCAGUGCAUUUUAAGGAACUGCGUUUGUUCCUAAACAUUCGUUUGUUAUUGCUUUAUGAGAAGCUUCUUGGUGGCCUUCUGAA